AUGUUAUACACAUUUAUAAGCAUAAUUUAUGGAUUGUCAUAUGAAGAACAAUGUCAACUUUAUUCAAUACCUAGAGACAGGUGUGUCCCCAUACCUGAUGUAAAUAAUAUGUUACAGUGUAGUCCAACUAAUCAUAGAUAUUUUAUUCUUAACAAUGAGAAUGAUAAUAGUCAUUUUGAAGACAACAAUGAUGACACUAAGAAAUUAUUGAAAGAUAUAAAGAAUACAUUAAAAUCAGCAAUUAAAGAAGGUUUUGAAGAUUUUCCUAUAAUAAAUUCUUCUAGUGAAUGUAAAUCUAAAACUAAAGAAAAGCAAGAACUUGAGAUUGUUACUACAACUGUAUUCAAGACUGAAGAAAAACAGGUAUCUGAAACAAGUUCUUUUAAAAAUGAAAUCUCAACUAAAGUAGAAACUGUUACUCAACCACCAGAAACAAAAACUAUUUACACUAGUUCAAGUAGACCAGAAACUACAAUAUCAUCUCAGAAUGAUUUCAAAAUUAAAGAUCUUUAUAAUUUAAUAGCUACAUUAAGAAAACAAAAUAAUUUGGCACAACCACCAAUACAAACUGAAAAUAAACCAAAAAAAUGCAACCCUGGCUGUCAAAAUACUCCUAAUGAUAAUGAAUAUACAAAUAAAAAAAAUUGUAAAAAAGUAAAAAACACUAACAUAGAUGCUAUAAGAAACGAAGAUGUUACCGUAACUAGGGUUGUAGAGAAAACGGUCAAAGUAGAUAAACCAAUCACCCUUUAUAGAGAAUUUACGACGACAUCAAUUUAUACAACACCCAUUAUUAAUUAUAAAAUUACAACUGUUGUAGAAGAGAAAAGUAUACCUGUUACAACAACAGUUUAUAGUUCUGUGGUUAAGACAGUAUCUGAAAAUGUACCAAUUAUUACAAAUUCAACUAGUAUUCCCACCGUAUCAAAACAAACAUCAACACAUGAUUAUACAUCUUCUAUCACACCAACUAAUUCAAUUGAUCAAAGUUUAGAACCCUCUAAAACCAUUCAAAAAGAAGUAAAAUACAUCACAGUUACAGUAACACCUCAACACGAAUUAACUCAACUAAAAACACGUACUAAAAAUACAAAGAAACAACACAAAGUAGCUAUUUGUACAGUAAGAUUGUUUCACAAUUCUGAAGGUGAACCGGAGUGUCAUAAUGUAAACAAAGAAUGUAAUGCAUGUAAUAAAAAAGAAGUUAGAUCUGAAGUAAAGAGAAUGAAGAGAAAAAAACUCUUUUUGUUACUGAAAUAA